CGCCGAGCACACGGACGGGCGUCACUACGGGGACGCAGCGUGCGCCAUGGGAGCCUACUCCCAACUCAAGCUGGUGCUAUGGAAGAACGUCGCACUUCGCCUGCGCCAGCCGGUAAUCCUGGCCUUGGAGCUUUUGUGGCCUGUUACCAUCUUCCUUCUAGUUUUGCUGCUAAGGAAGAUUGUGCCUCCAAUAUCACAAGAAACAUGUUACUACAACGCCAGGGCGCUUCCUAGCGCUGGUGGCUUGCCUGUUCUGCAGUCCCUUAUUUGCAAUGUAGACAACAAGUGCCUAAACAAGUCCACGUACGAAGAAAUCCCUAGCUAUCCGGGCUCAAGAGUGAACGAACUAGUCCAUAAUUUAUCUCCUUUAGUCAAGAACAAGAACAUUCUCAGUGUAAUAAAAGCCUUACCAGUUCUGGCUGACCUACUGCGACCUCUCGGAAGUUUGUUUGAUGACGAGAGUAUCCAAAAGUUACUCGACAAGGGCCUGCCAUUCACGGACGUACUCAGUAACUCGCGACGGGCCAGGAGCAUUCUCAUGAAGGAAACGAACAUGACAUCUGAAACCGCACAAAAGCUCCUGGAGUCACACAUCAACGUUCCUGCGGUUCGUGCAUCGGAAGUUUGCAAUUUAGUCCUGCAUUUCUUGGGGAAACAACAAAGUCCAGUACCAUUCGAGUGCAAUCUGAAAACAUUGAGAUCAUUUAUUAUCUCCAAGGGUGAUGAUGACUUACAAUCAGUGGCUUAUUCCUUGUGCAACAUCAGCGAUGACGGUCUAAGAAAUCUCGUCAAAGAAUUCCAAGCCGCGCUUGACUAUGGAAAAAUCGUUGACUUGGUGGCGAAUGCUGUAACAAAACUCGGUCGUAGCGAUAUUGGGCUAGCAGUGAAGCAGGUUGCUGGCUUGAUCUCAACUUUAACCAGAAUAACUGCAGAAAUUCCAGCUGAUUUUGCUGCAAGCGUGGAAGCUUUGAGAGCCUUAAUACUGGACUUUAGUAAGGGAGGAUUCAACGCCAAAAUAGUGACGAACAUUUGGGAUGAUUUCUCCGAUUUGGUUCCAACCUCAAAAAGAAAAAUCGCGGAUACCGUUAUGAAAUGGAUGACCAACGGAUUUGGACAUGAUGGAUCGGAGAAAACCAGUUCAGACGACCUUCCUUCCAGAAGCCUGGACGGCCUGGAUGAGGGGUCCACCGAAGAUGUCUUCAAGUCUGCCGUUGACCUGGCCAGCACUCUGAGCACAGCUACGUCUGGUUCAAAGUCACUGCGCCUUUUGGAAUCAAUUCUUGGACUUAAUGAAUCUACCACUCUGUUAAAAGUUUUUGAAACAAUCAAUGACCUUGUGUCGUACAAUGAUGGCUCACAAACGUCACCAAGCUUCAUCUGGCGUCAUCAAGCUCUAUUUACUACGGGUAGAAUCUUUGGAACUGCCGUCGAAUUUGUUCUGUCAGACAUCAAGAUGAGCGAAGAGACUGGAGUGAGACCUUUCUUUCCACACAUGCUGGACAGCUUACUGUCAACCAUUUCCGUGCCAAGUCGGGUCAACAGACUAUUGUCAGAAGGACUUGUGAACACUGUCUGCAACGAGACAAGAUUUAAAGCUGUUUUUCUAACCGAAGUGGACAGCGGACCCUUGCAGAGCUUUACCUGUCAUCUGUUCAGAGAUAUUUUACCAGCACUGCUCAAGGCCUUCCAUGACCCAAGAAACACGAAGACGGCUGUGCCUGAGGUUUGGGACCCUAUGAGCUUACCGAUGACCGACAUCGCGGCGUUCUUCGAUAAAAUUACGAGUUUAGAAAAGCCAAAUUACGACUGGUCGACAAUUUCCAGGACAGCCGACAAGUUUGGAGAGAUGUUGCGAUCUAAGCACAGUGAUGACAGGUGA